AAUCAUCAUGAGCAAUAUUUAUAUUCAAGAACCACCUACAUGUGGUAAAGUAUUGCUAAAGACAACUGUCGGUGAUAUCGAUAUUGAAUUAUGGUCAAAAGAAACACCAUUAGCUUGUCGAAAUUUUAUACAACUUUGUAUGGAAGGCUAUUAUGAUAAUUGUAUUUUUCAUCGAUUAGUUAAAGGAUUCAUUGUACAAACAGGUGAUCCAACUGGUACCGGAUUUGGUGGUGAAUCCAUAUAUGGACGACCAUUUAAAGAUGAAUUUCAUUCAAGAUUACGAUUUGUACGUCGUGGAUUAGUGGCAAUGGCCAAUGGUGGUGAAAAAGAUGAUAAUGGUAGUCAAUUCUUUUUUACAUUAGAAUCAACACCUGAAUUACAGAAUAAACAUACGAUAUUUGGAAAAAUAUCUGGUAAAACAUUAUACAAUAUGUUAAGAUUAGGUGAAGGAGAAAUUGAUCGUAAUGAACGUCCUGUUUAUCCACAUAAAAUUCGUUCCAUUGAAAUACUCAAUAAUCCAUUUGAUGAUAUUGAACCACGUGAAAAACGAUUAAAAGUAAAAGAAAAAUCCAAAGAAGAUCGUGCACGUGAACGUUUGAAAGGUAGUAAAAAUUUUGCACUAUUAUCAUUCGGUGAUGAAGCCGAAGAAGAAGAGGAAGAAAUAACAAAAAUAUCAGCAGUAUUUAAAAAUAAAAGUAAAAGUAGUCAUGAUCUACUUAAAGAUGAUGAUAAAUUAAGUUCAAUACCUGUUGUUGAUCCAAAUGAAUUGAGCAACGAUCCAAAUGAUGAUCAUGAACAACGACAUUCCAAUGAAAAUGAUUCAGACAGACAAAAACGUUUGGCCAAUGUUAAGGCAAAACUUGACAAGGGAACAUUGAGAAAAAAUGAUGAUGACAACGACGAUGAUGAUGAUGAUGGUGGUGGUGAAUUAGAUUUUUUCACUGAAGAAAAACUUGAAAAGAAAGCCAAAGAAAUUGAAAAAGCCAAAAAUGAAUUUCAAAAAUUGAAAAAACAAAUGCUAAAAAAAUUACGAAAAGAAGAACAAGCUGCUGCUGCUACUACUACUACUGCUACUGCAUCCGACAAUGAUCAAUCAAAACCAAUCAUCAAUGAUGCUGUUGCUGAAUUUGAAGCUGAAUCAAAAAAAUUUAAAGAAAUUAAUCAAAAAAUCCGAAAAAAAGGUAAUGGUCGUGAACAACAAUGUUUGGAUUUGUUACAGAAAUUCAAAGAUCGUUUACAUUCAACGAAAAAAGAUAAAGACCAUGAGGAAGAAAAAAUUGUUGACAACGACAAUAAUGAUGAUGGUGGUGGCCCAUUGGUCAAUUUCAAAACAUCAUGGUUAUCACAUCGAAUGCAAUGUACUGGUGAUGAUGAAAUUGUACUAGCACGUGAUGCAAAUAUUCGUAAUGAAGAAGAUUGGUACGAUAUUUAUGAUCCAAGGAAUCCAAUCAACAAAAGACGACGUAAUGAAAAUUGAUUGAUUGAUUGAUUGAUUGAUUUCGGCUGUACAACAACAACAACGACAAAAACAUUUCAUUUAAUUA